CACGAUUUUAUUGUUGCAUAAACAAAAAGUUUUAAGAAUUGUUUUUCAACUAUUGUUGAAGUUACAGAAUUGUUUAAUUCAGUUAUUCAAAGCGAAUUUUCAUGAUAAAAAUGGAUAAUAUUAAUUGCGAAGAGAAAGAAGAAGUUAUUAAUUCAAACGAGCAAGUCUCGUGUGACGAAAAAAAAGUCACCUUGGAGGAGUCUGUUGAAACGAUUGUACACAUCAUCAUGGAUCUGGCAGCACAGAAAAGGAAAGAAGUACCAAAAUCGUCUUCUUCUGAUUUUGCUGAUAAAUUAAGCAUAAAAAAAGAAGACUCCUUAGAACUAACUGAAAAAGGAGAAGUAAUGGAGGAAGUCUCCAAAGAAAUAAUCAAAUUUGAUGAAGAGAAGACUGGUGAUGACGAUCGAUAUUCGUGGGAAAGCGAAUCGGUGAAAGAUGACGAUGAUGAUAAAAAAACAACAAAAUGUACGGACAUCUUUCGUUAUUUAUUUAUAAAACUGCCAUCCGUCAUCUUUUCCUGCUGGAAAAAAAAAUAAAUGCUCCACAAUAAAAAAGGGGAAACUGAGCUGUUGCAGUUUCUUUCUUUUUAUUUCUCUAUAUUUUGAAAAAAUUUAAUUCUAAGAAGCAUUUCCAGUAAUUAUUCUAAA